AUGCUUUCGCAGCUCGGCUUUGGCGCCAUCGAGCUGGUGGCAGAGUCGGAGAAGGCGGCGGAGAAGGCGAAGCGCAAGGAGGAGAAGCGGCUCGCGCGCGAGGCGCAUCGCGCGGAGGAGUCGCUCAGCGGCGAGCAGCUCCGGCGGGUGGAGGAGACGCUCGGCUGGCUGGCGCAGGCUGGCUUCGAGCCCGCGGCGGCGCUGCUGUCGCCCGCCGGAGAGGAGGCGCCGCGGAAGCCGUCGGCGAUGGAGCAGCUCUCAGAGAUGCGGUCUGGCUCGGCGAAGGGGCUGGUCGGCUCGCUGCCGGCGGGGACGACGCACGACCUGCACGACGGCUACGUUGAGUUUGCGCAGCUCGCCUUUGGAGGCGUGCAGUCACUCAACCAGCUGCAGUCAGCCGUGGUCGAGACGGCGCUACACUCGAACGAGAACAUGCUCGUGUGCGCGCCGACCGGCGCCGGCAAGACGAACGUCGCGCUGCUCGCGAUCCUGCAGCAGGUCGGAGGCUGCAUCGAGAGCGGCGUGCUGCAGCGCGAGCGGGUCAAGAUCGUGUACGUGGCGCCGAUGAAGGCGCUCGCGGCUGAGCUCGUCUCCAAGUUUGGCAAGGCGCUCGGCCCGCUCGGCCUGUCGGUGCGCGAGUACACGGGCGACAUGCAGCUGACGAAGCGCGAGCUGCAGGCGACGCAGCUCAUCGUCACGACGCCCGAGAAGUGGGACGUCACCACCCGCAAGGGCUCGGACGGGAUCGUCCAGUCGGUCGGCUUGCUCGUCAUCGACGAGGUGCACUUGCUCAACGAGGACCGCGGCCCCGUCAUCGAGGCGCUGGUCGCGCGCACGCUGCGGCUCGUCGAGUCGUCGCAGCAGAUGAUCCGCAUCGUCGGCUUGUCGGCCACGCUCCCAAACUACGUCGACGUGGCCCUCUUCCUGCGCGUCAACCCGCAGACCGGCCUGCACCGCUCCGGACCAGAGUGCGUCGGCCCGCCCCGCCUCUACCACUUUGGCGCCGAGUACCGCCCCGUCCCGCUCAAGCAAACCUUCCUCGGCGUGACGAAGCGGCUCGAGAAGCCGCGCGAGGGCGCCAAGCCCAAGGAGGGGCGGCCUGCCAAGGCGGUGUCGCAGCAGACGCAGAUGCUCGAGCUCGCAUUCGACAAGGCGCUCGCCGCCCUGCGGCGCGGCAAGCAGGUGAUGGUCUUCGUGCACGCGCGCAACGAGACGCUGCGCACCGCGCGCGGGCUGCUCGAGCUCGCAAAGGCGCGGCAGGCCGAGGAGCUGUUUGCGCCAAAGCCGGACCACCCUCGCUACGCGCUCGCGCAGCGCGAGCGGUCGAUGAUGGAGCGGCUCUUCGCCGACGGGAUGAUCAACGUGCUCUGCUCGACGGCGACGCUCGCGUGGGGCGUCAACCUGCCCGCCCACACCGUCAUCAUCAAGGGGACGCAGGUGUACGACGCGCAAAAGGGCGCCUUCGUCGACGUGGGCGUGCUCGACGUGCAGCAGAUCUUUGGGCGGGCGGGCCGGCCUCAGUACGACACCAACGGCGGCGAGGGCAUCAUCAUCACGACGCACGCCAAGCUGCAGUUCUACCUCUCGAUGCUCGUCACCCAGGCUCCGACCGCGCCGGCUGCUGUGCUUCUUCUCCAGGCUCCGAUCGAGUCGAAGCUCGUCUCGGCGCUGUGCGACCACCUCUGCGCCGAGGUGUCGCUCGGCACCGUCUCCUCGCUCAAGGAGGCGGUGGUGUGGCUCUCGUACACGUACCUGUACGUGCGCAUGUGCCGCAACCCGCUCGCGUACGGCAUCCCCUUCGAGCAGUCGACGCACGACCCUCGGCUCCUCGCUUGGCGCACCGAGCUGGCGAUGGCGCGUCGCCUCGACGAGGCGAAAAUGGUGCGGUACCACGCGCCGUCCGGCUCGAUCGACCCCACCGAGCUCGGCCGCACCGCGUCGCACUUUUACCUCUCCGCCUUCUCCGGUCUGUGGCACGAGCGCGCCUCCGAGGCGGACAUCCUCUACACGCUCUGCUCCGCGUCCGAGUUCUCCCAGAUGAAGGUGCGGGAGGAGGAGAUGGAGGAGAUGGAGGAGCUGCUGCAGGCGUGCCCCCUCACCGUCAAGGCGUCGCUCGCCGAGAAGGAGGGCAAGGCCUCCGUCCUCACGCAAGCCUACAUCUCGGGCACCGCGCUCAAGUCGGCCGCCCUCGUCUCGGACUGCUCCUUCAUCGCCCAGUCGGCCUCCCGCAUCGCGCGCGGCCUCUUCGCCAUCGCGCUCUCAAAGUCGUGGAUCUCGUACGCGCAAAAGGUGCUCAAGCUCUCGAAGAUGCUCGAGCGGCGCACGUGGUGGUCGCGCUGCCCGCUGCGCCAGAUCGGUGGCGUGCCCGCCGAGAUCUACGACAAGCUCGAGGCGAAGCGGUACACGAGCGCCGCGCGCAUGGAGGCGCUCAAGGAGAUGGGCGUGCGCGAGAUCGGGCAGCUCGUCUCGCACCAGCGGCUCGCGGCGCAGCUCAAGGCCGAGGCGAGCGCGCUGCCCGCCCUCUCCAUCGACGUGUCGGCGCAGCCGAUCACGCGCACGGUGCUACGCGUCGUGCUCACGCUGACGGCCGCCUUCGAGUGGCGCGACCGGCUGCACGGCGGCGCAGAGUCGUGGUGGAUCUGGGUGGAGGACUCGGACACGGAGCACAUCUACCACAAGGAGCUGUGGACCCUGACCAAGCAGCAGGCGCUCGAGCCGCAGGAGCUCAGCUUCACCACGCCGCUCUUCGAGCCCCUCCCGCCCGCGUACUACAUCCGCGCCUUCUCCGACCGCUGGCUCGGCGUCGAGACGGUGGCGCCGCUCCCGCUCGCGGACCUCUCGCUGCCGUCGGCGCGGCCGGCCCACACCGACCUGCUCGCGCUGCGACCGCUGCCAAAGAGCGCUCUGGCCGACGCUCGCUUCGAGGCGCUCUUCCGCUUCUCGCACUUCAACCCGGUGCAGUCGCAGAUCUUCCACACGGUCAUGCACACCGACGACAACGUCCUCGUCGGAGCGCCGACCGGCUCGGGCAAGACGGUCGCCGCCGAGCUGGCCGUGCUGCGGCUGCUGCGCGAGUACCCCGGCUGCAAGGCGGUGUACAUCGCGCCGCUCAAGGCGCUGGUGCGCGAGCGGAUGGCCGACUGGAGGGCCAAGUUCGUGCAGGGGCUCGGCCUCAAGAUGCUCGAGCUGACGGGCGACGCGCACAUCCUCGCCACGACGCCCGAGAAGUGGGACGGCGUCUCUCGCCACUGGCAGCAGCGCAACUACGUGCAGAAGGUGACGCUGGUCAUCAUCGACGAGAUCCACUUGCUCGGCGAGGAGCGCGGGCCCAUCCUCGAGGUGAUCGUCUCGCGCAUGCGAUACAUGGCGGAGCGGAUGUCGCAGCCGGUGCGCAUCGUCGGACUCUCGACCGCCAUGGCCAACGCGAGCGACCUCGCCGACUGGCUCGGCAUCCCGCACGACUCGAUCUUCAACUUCAAGCCGUCGGUGCGGCCGGUGCCACUCGAGGUGCACAUCGCGGGCUUCCCGGGGCAGCACUACUGCCCGCGCAUGGCGGCGAUGAACAAGCCGACCUACCGCGCCAUCACCGUCCACUCGCCCGACCAGCCGACCCUCGUCUUCGCGCUCGACCUGAUCGCCUACUGCUCGGCGGACGAGAAGGAGGGCCAGUUCCUCAACAUGCCGAUGGGUGAGCUCGAGCCGCUGCUCGCCGCGGUCAAGGACCCGGCGCUGCGGCACACGCUCGCCUUUGGGAUCGGCAUCCACCACGCCGGCCUCGACGAGGCGGGCCGCGCCCUCGCGGACCGCGUCCUCGUCGAGAAGCUCUUCCUCGGCCAGUCGAUCCUCGUCCUCGUCUGCACCUCGACCCUCGCGUGGGGCGUCAACUUCCCCGCCCACCUCGUCGUCGUCAAGGGGACCGAGUACUACGACGGCAAGGCGAAGCGGUACGUCGACUUCCCGGCGGUCGCCGUCAUCCUCGUGCACGAGCCAAAGAAGACCUUCUACAAGAAGUUCCUGUACGAGCCCUUCCCCGUCGAGUCGUGCCUCCACGAGCAGCUCCACGAUCACAUCAACGCCGAGGACGCGGUCGACUUCCUCUCGUGGACCUACUUUUACCGCCGGCUGCUGCAGAACCCCGCCUACUACCAUUGCGCCGACGCGACGCCAGAGGGGACCAACGGCCACCUCUCCCUCCUCGUCGAGGCGACCACCGCGGACCUGGCCUGCGCCGGCUGCGUCGAGGUUGGCGAGGACGGCGUCUCGCUCGCCCCGAGCACGCUCGGCAGGGUCGCGUCUUACUACUACCUCUCCUACACGACGGUCGCCCUCUUCCACGCCGAGCUGCACGACGUCGACGAAGGGCCGACCGCGCUGUCCGACCUGCUGCGCGUGCUCUGCGACGCGUCCGAGUACGAUGAGCUCCCCGUGCGGCACAACGAGGAGGUCGUCAACGAGCAGCUCGCCGACAAGCUGCCGUGGCCGGUCGAGCGGUCGCGGUUCGACUCGCCGCACGUCAAGGCGAACCUGCUGCUGCAGGCGCACUUUGCGCGCGCGCCGCUGCCGAUGUCGGACUACGUGACCGACCUCAAGUCGGCCAUGGUGGACAUCGCGGCCGACGCCGGCUGGCUGCACACGGCGCUCGGCGCGAUGAGCCUCACGCAGAUGGUGAGCCAGGGCCGCUUCCUCGACGCGCCUCCGCUCUCCGACCUCCCGGGGAUGAGCGCGGCGGCCGAGGAGGCGCUUGCCGCCCGCGGCCUCACCCACCUCGCGCAGCUCGUCCGGCUCGACGCGCAGGCGCUGAAGCGCGCGCUCGGCGGCACCCUGGGCGCGCGGCAGCUCAGCGAGCUCAGCGGCCUCCUCGCGACGCUGCCCGCGACCGAGCUCGAGGCGGCGCCGCCGCCCCUCGCCGUCGAGGCGGGCGCCGACUGCGCCAUCUCUGUGACCGUCUCGACGGGCGGAAGGCGCGCCCGUCGCUCCGCCUUCGCGCCCGCCUUCCCAAAGGCGCGCGGCGGCGGCUGGUGGCUGGUGAUGGGCGAGGGGGACGAGCUCUUUGCGCUCAAGCGCAUCAACCUGCCAUCCGGCAGCGGAAGCGGGCCGCUCAAGACGGAGCUGAUGAUGUGCGCGCCGGAGGAGCCCGGCGUGCACGAGUGCGCCGUGCUGCUCGUCUCGGACUCAUACAUCGGGCUCGACCAGCAGGUGACGGUCAGAGUGGAGGUGAGGUAA